GUUCUGACAAGUGGGCAGUAUUUCUUCAAAGCGAAAAGAGGGUAUGCUAGCGGAUGUGUAAUGCUUUUACGCGUCCCUUUGUAUUAAUUUAAAAUAAAUGAACGGGCAUAGGAGGGGAGAAAGAAAGGGAAUGAGAGAAGGAAAGGGGAACUCGCACGUUCGGAACUUAUCACAAAAUUUUUCGUAUAUAUGAAAUCUAGAUAUUAAUUUAUUUGACAAACCUAAUAUAAUGUAUUUAUAAUGUAAAUAGAUUCUUAAAUUGUUUGCAACGUUGCAAGCGAAAGGUACGUGUACAUAGUUGCUGAUGUACUCCUUCAGCGCGUUUACCCCUUGGCGCAAAGAUAUUUUAGUCGAUCUUCUAUUUAAUCUUACUGCAAUCUAUUCUUCCGAAUCACACGUACCCACUUUCUUGCUGAUGAAUAGAGAACUGUUGCGCAUAGGAAAUAGAGUUAAUACCCGUAUGUUGACAUAAACGUUUUUUGUCGUUCGUGUUCUUUCGUCACAUUUGAAUGUUAGAAAAUUGAGCAUUCUUAUAACCAUUAAAAAAUUGUAUGUUUCAUCAUAAUCUCUGUGUCACCCACUUUCGCACAAUUGACUCGGAAAUAAAUUUGAACAGAUUUCAGUUAUAACGUAAGUAUACAAAUAAGGUCACGUAUGUAUACAUUCGCAAACUAUUUGUAAGUAAUUAAACGCACGACAAGAAUCUUCUAUGUUUCAUCGUAAUUUUUAAACAAAUUAUUAUUUUCGAUAUUUAUCAAUAUUCUUUUGGUUUUCACUGCAUGCAUAUACGUCUCGUAAACGAUCCGCAAUGUGUUAAAUCGGUACAAGAGAAGAAGAGAAGAAACUGAUCGGUAGCGAGCCGGCUUUACGAACACGUCCGGGGGCCGGGGGGCCCCUCGUAACCAGAACGCGAUUGGCCAAACCGUGUACCACGUGGCGGUGUUACGCGGGUGGGGAUUGGCCAGCACUGCCGCGCACCGCGGGCGAAAGCGAAAACGAAGACUUUGUGACCGGAAGGGUUCAAGGGCAGAGCAUGAGGGCCGACGAGGAAACAUGGAAAGAACGUUCACAGUUCGGCGAAGCGGUUAAUGACUGGCAGUCAUCGAACAUAGCUGACCACGUCUUCGCCUCUUCGCGUUGGAGAUGAGCACGAAGGAGCUGAACGCGACCACGAUGACGACCACGAUGACAACAGCUACGACGUUAAUGUCGUCGCCAAAUCUUAAUGUCAAGCCCGAGGACGACGAGGAGGAGUCGUCGACCACGAUCGAGCGCGUGGAUAUGGAUCUGGUGAACGGACCGAAUCCGUGGCUUCCGGCCUACGGCUUCCAGCUUCAGCAUCGUUCCCAUUUUCAACCGACGCACGAGGAUCUACGGGCUAAUGAUACGGUGCUUGUGCAGCAAGUAGAUUUUCUAGAGACUAUUUUAGAAGAAACAUCAGACGAUCUGCAAAGUGACUCCGAUCGAAGUGGGACUACCUAUUGGGUCGGUUCAGACUCCGAGACCGAAAGUGUGAUACAUAUACGAGCAAAGCAGAGAGGCGAGCGGCUCGAUGGGAGCGGUAGCGAGUGCAAUUCUGUGGUGCCAAAGAAGAGGCGUCGCAAGCACAGCGGUAACGAUCGGGAGCAUCACGUGAACUUCGAUGAGUUUCCGGCGUCGCCGAGGUCCUCCAGAUCGUCGGCUUCUUCGAGAUCCAGCUCCCUAUUGCAAUUCGAAUCUCUGGAGAGGACUUGUGCCACAUUGUCGCCAUCGAGCUAUAGUUUCGACUCGUUGGAAUAUCCUAAUCGAUCGAACGCCUCUCAUCACGGGAACACGUCUCCGGACAGCCUCGAGCAAGACUACGACAAGGUACUGCCGAACGGUUUCGGGGAUAUCGCGGAUCACUUCCCCAGGAUCAGACCUUAUCGUAGCUUCGAGAGUCUGGACACGUGUCAGAAGGAAGAGGACUUUGACCACGGUGGCCUGACUAAUGGAUUCACACCCUUGUACCUGAAACGAAAUGCGGAUCUAUCGAAAACGAGAAGCAACGGUUACCACCGGCCAAGGGACUUUUGGCACGAGGACGAAGAAUACGAAGACGAUGAUGACGACGACGACGAUGACGACGACGACGACGACCUCGAUGAGGAGGACCGAAUGUCGAACGAUAAUCGAGCCGCUUGUGAGCUUGAGGAUCGACUGAUGGUUUUCGGUGACUCUGCGUGCAACUACGCGACGUCUUUGGACUAUCGGAAUACGAUUGACCUGCGCGAGAUCGGCGUUGAAUCGAAGAGAGACACGUUGUUGGACUUGAAGUCCGGCCAAGCGACCGUGUCGAAUUCACUUCGUCUGCUGCAGACCAGGUUAAAUAUAGCUGGCGGCAGUAUGGCGCACGGGCGAAACAACAUGGUCGCCGAUCAUCAUCAUUACCACCAUCAUCAACAACAGCAGCAGCAGCAGCAGCAGCAGCGUCACGGGUACGAGGAGCAGCACGAGCUGCGGCAGCACCAGCAGCACCAACGUCAAGGGUGGAGCAAGGAGUGCUUUAAUUUUAGAUUCACGGAGAAAUCUCAAAGCGCGCCCAGUCUGCCUAGCAGCGUCGACGAGUCAGCACAGGGUCCACGGUCGUUGGCAACUUCCUCCUCGAGGGCGACCUCCUUCGUCUCCACGUCGAAUCUGUUCGAGAAUUACACCCGGGUUGCGAGCGUACCCGUCGACUUGAAUCUCUGCGGUGUCUAUGUUGCACGGUACGAUGAUGCGCGAGUGAGUCCUCACGAGGAGAACGAAAUGGCGGAAGUCACUAGUGUUCAGGCGAAGAAGCGGCUGGACAACGUCGAGGGGCUGCACCAAAACGGCGGUGAAAAACUGUUGAAGAACUUUCUGACAAGCUCGGUCAGAACUCAGGCACCGCAGAAUACGAUGAUAGAUGGCAAGAGGGAAAAAGUAGAGGAUGAACAGAAGGAGGACGAUGAAGAAUGCGCAGGGGAACACUGUUCGAAACUGCAGCGGGAAGCGAAACAAAUUACAUCGACAGUGAAGACGCAAGAUCGCAAUUGCGUGCUCGAUAUGGCGAUAGCAAUGGAGAACAACAUUGACGACGCGGUCGACGACAUGAUUAAACAAUUCAAACGCGAGGUCGAGGAGGCUACCUCGAAUGCCAGCAGUGCGCUAUCUGGUACCGAUAGCAUUCAGAGAACUCCUUCUGGUAAACAGCGACCGUGGAAGGUAAUGAACAACGCCAGUUACGAGCUGGCUCAGCAGUUCGAGAUCGACGAGAAGAAUUUCCGACCGAACAGAAUCCGGAAAGAAAAUGGUGACGAGAGUGGAAAACCUCAAAAAAUCGGACGGAAACGUGUAUUGAAUAACGCCAGUUACGAGUUAGCCCAACAAUGCGAUUACAUCAGCGCUCUUCAAACUUCCAGAGGCGCCUUUCAGAGAAUGGAUGCUUGUGACGAGCUAGAGGAAUCGAUCUCGGGACGAUCCUCCCGACUUAAGAUCUCCGACAUGGUGCAUCAGAUGAGCAGUAGCUCGACGUCAAAUCUCGCUAGCUAUCAACACGAACCGUAUUUGGACACGAGGAGAUAUUCCAAGUCAACGGAGAAUAUUUCCACGCAAUUUUCCAAGGGUCCGUUCACCAGGAUCCCGAUCAAUGAGUUGGGCCAGCGACUAAAGAAGCAGGAAGACGACCAAUCAUUUCUGAGUCAGAUAAAAAAAAACUCGGAUCCAUUUUCAGCUUAUGGAGACGAUACUAGUGGUCCCGCGUUAGUAGAGGACGAAAUAGAUUUUCCCUGCUUGGAAAUCAAACCUAUAGGAACUUCCAGCUUGGAGGGGGGCGUACCACGCGAAGAAACAAGCGUCCAGAAACUUCAAGAACAACCAUCCCCGAUACACGAAAACGUCACAUCAAACGCUUCACAUCGGACUUCGGACGCGCAGUGUCUGAUGACCGCAUACAACCCUGAUCCAUCCAACGAGACGUGCUCCUCAAAGAAAUCUUUCAUCGGUAACCCUUACCCGGAAAAAGUCGCGCGAUUGCAGCAACCGUCGAAGGAGGAGGCUCUCGCAGUUCAACACGACGGAAGCGGCGGUGAGAGCAAAAGACCUCCGGCUCGCAAUCACUUGUCAUCAGGUUCGCCGUGUAACAGCGGUACGAAUACCGGAGAAUUGCUGUGGAGGGUCAUAGUAGAAAAGCAGGCCGCGGAGAAGGAGGUUUCCGCGGAGAAGGUUACGAUGAAGAAGAAGGACAGGGAGGUGGAGGAGGAGGAGGUGGAGGAGAAGCGGAAUAACGAGAGAGAAAAGGAACCGAUGGAGAAGGAGGCAGCGGAAGCAGCGAGGGGACACACUGUCCACGGUGUUCGUUCUCCCCCACCAAGCGGUGGCAGCAAUAGCGACGGCCUGGAACCCGGUGAACGUAGUGGGAAUCCAGUGGUGGCCGUGGCAGUUGAUACGAAUCAUCGCGACAAACGUCACGAGGAGAACGCGGCGGCAGCAGUAACAACAACAACAGCAGCGCCGGUCAGGUUAAACGACGGCCACGCGACGACGACUAUGUCGACGACUACCACAACGAAGGCACGGCCGUUCGUCACGGCGACCACCCCGAACAAUGACGUUACGUCCGGGGCUAGAUUCGCUAAGGAGGAAAGGAAAAAGGGUGGUCUCGGUGGAUUUCUUCAGCGAUUCUCGAAGCUUCGUUUCAGUGGUAGAUCGAAAGUGCCGCGCUCCGAGGUGCAGAAAAAGAGUGACAUGAUCGGUCAUGUGAAUCGCGCGAAAGUGACUGAGGAGAAGGUUAAAAAGGAACCAGACUAUAUCAUCAUCCCGUUGCAUCCCCCGGAGGAGGAAAGACAGAAGGUACAGCAUAAUGUGGCACCGGGGACCAGGACGGACAGCGGAACCGACAGACCCGUCGCCGAAGUUCAACGAAGCGUCUCCAAUAUUAGCGCAAACGGGAGGGCGCCAGUAUCCAGCAAGCCACCCCUGCCCCCGCAGCCGCCUCGCGUCGGGGCGCUGGGUUCGAGAUCGUCGACGGGUGCGUCGGCGGCGUCGUGUUCGUCGCGCCGACGCGCGGCCACGGACCUUGGAAAUCCGGCGGCCAUCGAGAUGGCGAAAGCCCGCACGAUGCAGGCCGCCCAGGAGCGCCCGGUCGGCCUGCUCGAGACCGACCUCGACGAGGCCGUCCCGUCGACGACGACGACGACGAGCGUCGCCGCCACCGCGAACUCCGCCGCUACCGCCGGCAAGAAGACCAGGAGUCUGCUCAACUUGAAUCACACCUCGACUGCUCCUAGGCCCAGGCCGGAGCACGCCCUCCACGUUCCCCAGUCGCCCGUCACCGCUUCCCACAGGAGUCCCCGCGACCACGACGCCGCCUCCACCAUCAACCAACGGCCACACAAAUCCAUGGAGUUCCUCCUCGACAAGGAGAACCUGCAUUUCGUCAAGCCGCCGGAGAACGAGUUGCAGAAAGUCGGUGAACGCGUGCCGAGCGAGCACGAGCUUCGAGUACAGAGGUCUUUGCAACGACUGAACGUCCCGGAUUGGUAUAAGAAUUCUCCUGCGGCUCGCGAUGGUUUCCGCUUAAAGAGGCACUCCGAUGCAUCGCAGCAUGGAGGAUGGCGUGCUCUCGGUUCGAAAACCACUUCCCUCUCGUCCCUUUCGUCGUCUUCCAAUCGACAACCGACUACAGGUGCCCUUCUGAGUCCAAGUCCCACGCCACCAGUAUUCUCGAGAUGGAGUACCAGUCUGUUAAACAGUGCCGGAAGUUCGCCAGCGAGUUCAGCGAGAUCGUCCUUCAAUCAUCGACAGCCGUACUUGGGCUGGCGUUCACAGGAACGGUUAACGAACCCGCGAACACCGGCAGAACGUCUUGCUCAGGGUAUACUUCCCCAGUUGCAAGCGAACAAGCAGCAGCAGCAGCAGCAACAGCAACAACAGCAGCAGCAGACAACGAAUCAGCAGCUAGAGGUAAGGAACUCGAUAAAGGAGGUAACCUCGGCCAUUGUGCACUACGUGCAAAGCGGUCAGGAGGUUGGUGGAGGUGGCAGGCUCUCACCUCGACCUCGACCUGAAGACUGGGACGACAGGGGCGGAGCAAGGUCGACCAGCCCCAGAGGGAGCGUGAAGCUGUGUUGGAUGGAGAGCUCGUUCGUUGGCACGAGACCCGUGGAUUCGCCGGAGACGCCGAUGAGUUUGGCCACGGAGACCGACUGCUGUCCCGGAUGCAACGAGACGGCCACCGAGUCAUGCACUUGUGCCGACUCCGCGACUUCCGGUCUGUUCUUAGACCUGACGCCGACCCGCGACGACGGCCAGCAGCAGCAACAGGGCGGCGGUAGCCUAUGCGCGUCACCCUCUUCGACGCUCAAUUACCACCAACACCAUCAGCAUCACCAUCAUCGUCAACUUCACCAUCAGCAACAACCGCAGCAACAGCAACGCCAUCACCGCGGAUCGGGCCAGAGUGAUACGGACGAGGCGAUGGCGACGGCAGCUCUUCUGCGGAACAAACCAAGCCCGGGUUCCACGACCCUGGAGGAUGUACUUGACUCCCUCCUGGGGCUGCCAUCCGCGUCGCGUACCCCGAGUCCUGGGCCAGGUCCCGUCGUAACCGGUACAUCGGCCACCAUGCGACAUCGAACUAACGUCGGCCAGGCUAAUGCGAAAGCCGGGAAGAGCUGCAGCGACCUACGCCAAGACCUCCAAGAGUCCGCUAGGAGCGUGAUGGACGUGCAAGGAGCCUCUGAGGAUCGUGGCUCAUACUACGUGGGUGAACUCAUGCGACGGAAGAGCGAGGGUAGCGACACGUUACCCUCGAAGACGGCCAUGGCGCAAUCGAGGGUUGGCGGCCCUCUGACUCAUCGGCGGGUCUCCUUCGACAGCAGCCAGGAGGCGAACGGAAAUGCUGCGGAGAAGAUGGUCCGUUGUCGCAACAACAAGUGUAGCAACACGGCGACGCUCGCGGAGGCGAAGAAAAUGUACAAGAGCUGUCACAACUGCACCUGCCUCUACUGUUCGAGGGAGUGCAGAAGAGCACACUGGCAGCGUCACCGAAGAACCUGCUUGCACUCGCGAGCAGGUAGCCUCUGCAAACAAGUGUUGUCCUCCGCGAAGGAGGACCCGAUCACCCUGAAGCACAUCUCGGCGCUGGCGAAGCGCGGUUACACGUUCCACGGCCGCGGUGCCGUCAAGUGUUUCUUCUCGAGCCCGGAAGCCGCGGAGAAAUUCAUCGCGAACGGUUUCGUGGACCUGGGCGAACCCACCUACGUCCGAUGGUCGGAUCUCAUGGCCAGAGAGAUGGGCGCGGAACUUUACGCCGAGGUUAUCAGACUCUGCAAGUCUUACAAUCCGGGUAGAAGGCUCGUUCUGUACGUGGCUGUCUGCGUGGUCAGCGAGGUUCCGACCAGCGGAGCCGUGAAAUGGGAACGACAACUAGUGUCUAGAUGCGCGAAGAUUCACCUGGAUUCCGCCAACAAACAUCACGUGUCCUCGCCAUCCGCUUCACCCCAAGGUAGGCAGCAGUCCACGUCGCCGUGCAACAUCACCAGAGAGAUGGAGUCUCCGGAAAUGCUGGUGUUGACAUCGCUUCCGGGGAACAACGGGCAGAACACACCGAAAAGAAUUCGCGAGAUCAGCUUCACCAACAUCCAGAGACAGCUGAAACUAAGGGGCGUCUCGCUUAGGAGACACUUUCCUCAGGUGUACAAGAAGCUACGUGCUUACGUGGAUGGUACCGUGGACAAGUUCGCGCCGGUCACCAUCUACCCGAGAGACCAGGCAUCGGGGAAGAGUUUCAUGUGCAUCAUCAUGCUCGGCGUCGAACCCGACCGACUUCAGCUGCUCCCGACCGAUUCGUCUAGGGUCAGAACCGUGGACAUCAGCGUCGAAGAGGAAUGAGUAGAAGCCGAGUAGAAACUCUACGUUCACUUAAGCGGUUUUUUACUGAAUUAGUGAGGAUAGUCCUCUGCAGGCUACGGUACGCGAAUUUAUGCAAUUCGAUUUGAUUAUAUGAUUGAUUCGAUUGAA